AAAUGGAUGCUGGUAAUAAAGAACAACGGCCUCCAAAUCCACGAGCCAGAGCAAACAUCUUUGAAAUCUUCACGUUUAGCUGGAUUUUUGACCUUUUUAAAAUUGGGCGAAAGAGGGAUUUAGAAUUCAAUGAUUUAUAUGUACCUUUAAAUAAUGAUCGAUCAUCAUUAUUAGGAAUUGAAUUACAGAGGAGGUGGAAAAUCGAUAUAGUUAAUGCAAACAAAAAUAAUGGAGACCCUAGUUUGCUAAGGGUAUUGGUUCGAAUGUUUGGCGCUAAGCUUAUGUUUUAUGGAUUAAUACAAGCAUUUGUUGAAAUUGUGUUGAGAAUGUCUCUACCUAUACUAAUUGGUGGAUUAUUAGAAUAUUUCAACCCUGAAAAGCCGGACGCCAAGGACUUGAAUCAUGCAUAUUAUUAUGCGUCAGGUCUAUUGUUAAACAUGUUACUUAAUAUAAUAUUGUUUCAUUAUUCACAAAUGGAAAUGGGACACCUAGGAAUGAAGAUUCGAGUGGCCUGCUGUUCAGCAAUAUAUAAAAAGGCAUUGCGAUUAAGUCAAACAUCUUUAGGUGAAACCACAGUCGGUCAAGUGGUAAACUUGUUGUCGAAUGAUGUAAAUCGAUUUGAUAUAGCGUUCAUAUUUAUACACUUYUUAUGGGUUGGCCCUCUGCAAUCAAUUGUGGUCACAUAUUUUUUGUGGCAAGAACUUGGCGUAUCAUCUUUAGUUGGAGUGGCUAUAUUUCUUGUAUUUAUACCAUUACAAGGAUGGUUGGGAAAGAAAACGUCAAAAUAUCGAUCAAGAACAGCCCCUAGGACUGACGAAAGAGUAAGGUUGAUGAACGAAAUAAUAUCAGGCAUACAAGUGAUAAAAAUGUACACUUGGGAAAAACCUUUUGCGGUGCUUGUACAAUUUGCAAGAAAGAUGGAACUUGAACAGAUCAGAGGAGUCUUAUACAUCAGAGUAUUUUUGCAAUCUUUUGUAAUAUUUCAUUUAAGGAUUGCGUUUUUYAUAAGUAUUUUGUCAUACGUAUUAUUAGGAAACUUCAUAAAUACUCAAAAAGUUUUUGUUAUACUUUCAUAUUUAAAGAUAUUGACGACAAUGACAGUAUUUUUCCCCCAAGGCAUUUUAACGUUAGCGGAGAUGCUAAUAUCUAUUAAACGUAUUCAGACAUUUCUAYUACAACACGAAAAUCGCAAGCAUGAUACACCAUUGUCGUUACAACCAGAAGUUACAUCGAAGAAUAGCAAUGAAAUGUUAAAUUUUAAUAGUGACCAUUUUGCGACAAAUAUAAAUAAAAAUGAAGAAGGUAUUGAUCGAUUGGGUAAUUUUGGAAUCGACGUUUCAAACGCCUCRGCUAAAUGGGUACUCAAUCAACCCGAUAACUCAUUAAAUAACAUUAAUUUAACCGUUAGACCGGGGCGGUUGGUUGCAAUCAUCGGGCCCGUAGGAGCUGGAAAAGCAAACAUAUUAGCCGAGGGUUCGUAUCAAGAACUACAAUCUUCUGGCUUAGACUUUACAAAAUUACUUAAACCGUCGGAUGAAACAACUGCCGAUACUGAAAUCGAUAAUAAAAAUGAACCUAAUAGUGAUUUUGAACCGAUCUCAGAAUUAUCUCGACAAGGGUCUCUUAAAAGUAUUUCGUCAUCCAUUGAUGAGAAUAAAUUAAAUGAGACUCAAGUAGCACCCAUUGAGGUGGCUGAAGCUAGGUCUUCCGGAAAAGUUUCACUGCUUGCUACAGGUGGAGAUUAUUGGAUAAGUUAUUGGGUUAACCUAGAAGAUCGCGUUUUUCGUAAAGAAGAAAGACGGAUUUUGAACCGUUUCACUAAAGAUAUUGGUGCUAUUGAUGAAAUGAUAACAGUUCCUUCGUUGGAUUUUAUAUAUAAUUCAUUAUCACUUAUUGGAAUUAUAGUUGUGGUCGGAAUAGUAAAUGUUUACCUUCUUAUACCCACAUUCUUCAUUGGGAUAUUGUUUUAUUACACAGUAGUAUAUUAUUUAUCUACAUCACGUAGCAUCAAACGUUUGGAGGGAAUCUCACGAAGUCCCGUAUUAGGAUAUUUGAACGCAUCACUUCAAGGUUUAUCAACAAUAAGAGCAUUUGAUGCCGAAGAAAUUUUAUCUAGAGAAUUCGAUGGCCAUCAAGAUUUACAUUCUUCGGCUUGGUAUAUUUUUAUCUCAUCUACUGAAGCUUUAGGUUUCGCGUUGGAUAUGAUUUGCCUUGCAUAUAUUAAUGCUUUUGGGGGAGAUGUUGGACUAGUUAUAACUCAAGCAAUGAGUUUGACGGGUUCACUCCAGUGGGGAAUACGACAAUUUGCACAAUUAGAUAAUCAGAUGACAUCUGUUGAAAGAGUACUUGAAUAUACAAAUGUUCCACAGGAACCUGCACUUGAAUCUGUACAAGGUAAUAUUCAUCUCAGUUUAACGUUCAAAAUGGAAGCUGCGGGACAUAAAGAAAAACAGCUACCAAAUCCACGAAACAAAGCAAAUAUCUUCGAAAUUCUUACAUUUAGCUGGAUCUUAAAAUUCUUAAAGAGAGAUUUGGAGAUCAUUGAUUUAUACAAUCCACUUAACGAUCACAAGUCAUCAUUAUUAGGAUAUGAAAUUGAAAAGAGAUGGAAGGUAGAGAUUAUUAAUGCAAAAAGUACAAACCGGAAACCUAGUUUAUUAAGAGUUUUAGUUCGAAUGUUUGGUGGAAGUUUUUUGUACUAUGGGAUAAUACAAAUGUUCAUUGAAACAAUGUUAAGGUAA